UUCGCGUACACCGUCUAAAACUACAUGUCCCAUGAUUCACAGCGAUGAUGCCGUCAUUAUCCGGGUAACUCUGUCAAGGGGAAGAAAGAGGAAAAAAACGGGACACUUUCUGACAGGUUUGCUUCUGCUCGGACGGAGUUGACGGGAAAAUAAUGCUGCUUCGUAAAGUGGGCCAGUCUUCUGCCCUUUGCGGUGCCAUUCUCCGCAUCACUCCCGGACAGAUUGGGGCUCAACGCCCAGCUGUGGUGGCUGUGAACAACACGCGCCUCUAUGCUAGUCAAGCUACACAGGCGGUGUUGGAGAAGCCGGCGGCAGUCGGCACUGACGCUGCCACUGCGGUGGAGAAGAAGACUGCUGCAGCUGAGUCCAAAUCUUUUGCUGUCAACAUUUUCAAGGGGCAGAUUGCCACAUCUCAAGUGUUUCCAUACCCUUCCGUCUUGAAUGAAGAGCAGGAGCAGUUCCUCCGAGAGCUUGUGCCACCCGUGGGCAGGUUCUUUGAGGAGGUGAACGAUCCGGCCAAGAACGAUGCGCUGGAGAAAGUUGAGGACCAUACGAUGGAGGGCCUGAAAGAGAUGGGCGCCUUUGGCCUACAGGUGCCGGCCGACCUGGGUGGCCUGGGCCUCACCAACACGCAGUACGCCCGACUGGUGGAGAUCGUCGGCACUCACGAUCUCGGGGUUGGCAUCACGCUCGGUGCCCACCAGUCUAUCGGCUUCAAGGGCAUUCUGCUUUUUGGGAAUCCGGCACAAAAAGAGAAAUACCUGCCUCACCUUGCAUCAGGUGAGCACAUUGCUGCCUUUUGCCUAACUGAACCAGCCAGCGGUUCUGACGCUGCCUCCAUCAAAACCACCGCUGUACAGUCGCCCUGCGGGCAGUACUUCACUCUCAGUGGAAGCAAAAUCUGGAUCAGUAAUGGUGGUCUGGCUGAGAUCUUCACUGUGUUUGCCAAGACACCAAUGAAGGAUCCCAAGACUGGAGAGAUGAAGGACAAGAUCACAGCUUUUGUUGUGGAGAAGAGCUUUGGGGGAGUGACACACGGGCCACCAGAGAAAAAGAUGGGCAUUAAAGCCUCCAACACGGCCGAAGUUUACUUCGAUAACGUCCGCGUGCCAGCCGACUGCGUGCUGGGUGAGGUGGGAGGCGGCUUCAAGGUGGCCAUGAACAUCCUCAACAACGGCCGCUUCGGCAUGGCGGCCGCCCUCUCCGGCACCAUGAAAGGAGCCAUCGCCAAAGCGGUGGACCACGCGACCAACAGGACCCAGUUCGGCAGCAAGAUCCACACCUACGGGGCCAUCCAGGAGAAGGUGGCCCGCAUGACCAUGCUGCAGUACGUCACCGAGUCUCUGGCCUACAUGAUCAGCGGCAACAUGGACAGCGGAGCAACAGAGUUCCAGAUUGAGGCCGCCAUCAGCAAGAUCUUCGCCUCAGAAGCUGCGUGGACUGUGACUGACGAGUGUAUUCAAGUUAUGGGCGGCAUGGGCUUCAUGAAGGAUGCAGGAAUCGAGAGGGUGAUGAGGGAUCUAAGAAUUUUCCGGAUCUUUGAGGGCACCAAUGACAUCCUCAGGCUUUUCGUGGCCCUCAACGGCUUCCAGAAUGCUGGCAACCAGUUGAAGAGCUUACAAAAAGCCCUGAAGAACCCACUUGGCAACGCUGGGCUCCUGGCUGAAGAACUUACCAAGAGAGCUAAGAGGAAGGCAGGCAUGGGCACAGGCUUGACACUUCAAGGAACUGUCCACCCUGAUUUGGUUCAGAGCGGUGAACUGACCGUGAAAGCCAUUGAACAGUUUGGUGUGGCUAUCGAGGAGCUUCUUAUUAAACAUGGCAAGAAGAUUAUUGAUGAGCAGUUUGUGUUGAUGAGAGUCGCCGAUUGUGCCAUUGACAUCUACACCAUGAUCGUUGUCCUCUCCAGGGCGUCCCGCUCCCUGAGUCGGGGCCAGCCCUCGGCCCAACAUGAGAAGGUUCUGUGCGAGACCUGGUGUGUCGAGGCCCACGCGAGACUCAUACGGGACAUCAAGGCGUUGCGCUCGAACCAGUCCAGGAGACUCUACAGCAACUUUCGGGCCAUAUCCGCAGCCGUGGUGGAGAAGGGCGGAACGGUUGCCGCUCACCCGCUGGGUUUCUAAAUGCUCAUGGCUUAAACAUCAAACAUAAACAUCACCCCAUCGUCCAUUUGAGCUGGUCGAGAGGUUCGUCUCCAAUAUAUUUAUUUGUAAGCACGUCAGGUUGUCUGUUGUUGUUUGAAACCUGGACGUUGACUUUCAAGUCACAAAAAUCACAGAUUUGAGUGAAAGGGCCUUCAAAGAAACACCACUUGCACCUUAUCUCAUUACCGCCAAUAACCAGAUGUCUUCAUUAUGUUGCUCUUCAACGCACCAUUGACCUUCCUGGCUGUUGAUGUUGUACAUUAUUUAACCUGUAGAAAGGGACUGACGUGUCCAACUUGUUUUAUUUUGAAUACUUUAAUAUGGGCUGGUGUGUAAUGUAAUCUGCAUUUGUGAAGUGUUUAAUAACUGAUAGAGGUGAUUAUCUUCUCAGCAUGUUGGGUAUUCAUCGCCCAUGUGGAUUGUAACACCGUUGCCUUAUGUAACACGACGACACUGCAGAUGCUGCUCCUUCUUGCUGUUCGGUCGCCUCUGUGGCAGCCGAGCACCAACAAAAUUUGUAAAUAUCUCGGCGGUGCUGAUCACAAUUAUUAAUGCCUCAGGAUUUAGCAAGGAGGGAAUCCCAUUUUUAAUGAAAUUGUUUGAGUAUCAAUAAAGUCAUUCUGUUUCUA